UCAUGGUCAUUAGGGUUCAGAGUUUCCGCCAGACAGUCUAACACACUUGUGUUUCGCAUUUCGGUGCUUCUUGAAGAAGUCGCAACACCUUCUUAAUCCGCAACCAUGGGGAAGACUCGUGGAAUGGGAGCGGGUCGUAAGUUGAAGUCCCACCGUCGGAGGCAGAGGUGGGCGGAUAAGGCGUAUAAGAAGUCCCAUCUUGGUAACGAGUGGAAAAAGCCCUUUGCAGGGUCAUCUCAUGCGAAAGGGAUUGUGCUAGAAAAGAUUGGUAUUGAAGCCAAACAGCCAAAUUCUGCUAUUCGAAAAUGUGCUCGUGUUCAACUCAUUAAAAAUGGGAAGAAGAUUGCUGCUUUUGUACCUAAUGACGGUUGCUUGAAUUACAUCGAGGAAAAUGACGAAGUAUUGAUCGCGGGGUUUGGACGGAAGGGUCAUGCCGUGGGAGAUAUUCCUGGUGUUAGGUUCAAGGUUGUGAAGGUUUCUGGAGUUUCACUCUUGGCUCUCUUCAAAGAGAAGAAAGAGAAGCCAAGGUCCUAGAAAAUUUCACUCUUGAUUCUCUCACCCAAUUUUAGGAUUUUAUUGGUUAGCUUUUAACUAUUUUAAAAUCAAUUCAAAUUUCAGUUUU